AUGUCGCAUCUCGAAGCUCUCAAGAAGCCCGUCGUCUUCUCCAACGGCGUCUCUGCGCCCAACGUCACACUCAAGAGCCCCAUGACUGAGCGUCUCUGCACAUGGUCCGACGACGACUUUAAGAAGCGUGGCUGGCCCACUCCCGAAUACAUCAACCUCUACAAGGUCUGGGGUGAGGGCGAGAUCGGCACCAUCAUCCUUGGCAACAUUCCUUGCGAUGCCCGAUACCCUGAAGCCAAGAAGAAUGCCUGCAUCGACCCAGAGAUUGCUUCGCACGACGAGUACGUGAAGGCAUACAAGCCUGUCAUCGACGCUGCCAAGGCCCACGGUUCGCUUGUCAUUGCCCAGGUCACCCACGCCGGUCGUCAGACCUCCGAGGAGAUCGUCGCCACGCCCGUCUCGUCCUCCGACGUCCAGUGCCCUCCUGGUAUGGGUAUGACCUUCGGUAAGCCUCGUCCUUUGACCGUUGAUGAGAUCCACGACAUUGUCCGCCGCUUCGGUUUUGCCGCCAAGGUGCUCUACGAGGCUCAGUGCAACGGUAUCGAGCUCCACGCCGCUCAUGGCUACCUUCUCUCGCAGUUCCUUUCGCCUCGUGUCAACAAGCGAACCGACCAGUACGGUGGUGAUCUUGAAGGCCGCUCUCGCAUUGUCUUUGAGAUUAUCGAGAGUAUCCGCAAAGCUGUUCCCGACCCCAAGUUCAUCAUCUCGAUCAAGAUCAACUCUGCCGACUUUGCCGAUGGUGGAUUCGACGCUGAGGAGUCUUUCGCCAUGUCCAAGAAGCUCGAGGCUGCCGGUGUUGACCUCAUUGAGCUUUCCGGUGGUACUUACGAGAGCUCUGGCUUCGAGCACAAGAAGGAAUCGACCAUCGCCCGUGAAUCGUUCUUCAUCGAAUUCGCCGAACGCAUUCGACCUCACCUCACCAAGGCGAAGCUCGCUGUGACUGGUGGCUUCCGAUCGUCCAAGGCGAUGGCCAAGGCCGUCGAGGAGAAGUCGUGCGACAUUGUCGGUCUCGCUCGACCCCUUUGCGGUGAGCCUCGCCUGUGCAAGGCCUUGCUGAGCGGAGAACAGGAGGCAGCCAGGCCGGUUCACCCUGACUUGCCUAGACAGAUCGAGGUCGGUGCUUGUGUUGUGCAGCUCAAUCAGAUUGGUCACGGCGCCACUCCUUGCGACACCUCGACUGCGGAGGGUGCCAAAUUCGCCACUGAUGCUGUGAUGCAUCGCCGAGAACCUGAGCACGGCGGCAAGAAGGAUCAAACACAGAAGCUUUAA